GUUAAGAGGCCCCCGUGCCUCUCUUGUACUGCUGGUUUAGCCAUGAAAGUAACAAGAUGCUGUGUGUGUGCCAUUGGUUCACUUUCCCUCACAUGAAGCUCCCAAAUAAACACGUAGAAUGUUGCUUCCGUCUCUUUUGUCGGACAGGGUUGUGUCGGAGGAAUGCUGCAGCGCGUGCCAGCGACCAACGGCAAGAGUUGACGUUCGCUGUAUGAGAGAAAGGACCGGGGGGUAAUGUCCGGGCUUUCCUGGAGGCAGCCGGCAUGGGAGACAAGUUCCCCGGCUUGAAGUGCGGCGAUCCAAGCAUAGACAAGCUCGUCCUAUGUGAACGUGCGGGUUGCCUGUUGGAGCUGUUCGUACUGAACCAGCAAAGGGAGAGCAGGGCGCCUACCAAACGCCGAGCAAAGCGAGGGCCGAAGUGGACGUGCGCUGCUGAACCUGUCAAGCAGCUGAAGCGCUGGUGUUUCGAUUGUUACUGCACUUUGCCCGCGGCGUUGGAGGCUUUGCUGGGUGUUGUUAGCAUCAGCGGGUUGUCUCCGGACACGAACCUGGACGCGAGCUCGGCGUCAUUUACGGACGAUUUCCUGGCAGCACACCACGGGCAACAACCUGACUGGGUCGUGACGAGCCCCCCGUACAAGGGUGCGCUGGCCUUUGUCAAGGCGGCGUUGACGGUGGCGAAGAAAGGCGUGGCGCUGAAAUUGCCGCUGUCGUUUCUGGAACCCUGUGCCGACCGAGCAGGUUGGCUUCAGGCGAACCCCCCGGCUCUAUGCAUGAUGAUGAGCAGGGCCCGGUACCAACCCGCCCACGAAAGGGUAGGCGAAUUUUGGGGUGUGUGGCUUAAGGUGUAGACCCUCGCUGCACCCUGGGUAAGUUGCUUUGCUCCUCAAGGCAUGCAAGGUUGCACUUACACAACUGUGAACAACGACCUGGACCACCCCUUUGAAUGCAAACGCAGCCUCUACAUUGACCCUUCCCCCUCUCAGACGAACAUCUGCACGACACGAUGUGAAUUCUUACACCCGCCCAGAGGGUCACCUUCGGCAGAUCACGCAACACCAGCAAAGCCCCCCCUUCGCACUCCGGAUUCGCAAUGUACCCCUUUCCAGUCGGGAAUUUGAAUCGGAUACAUGGCGGACACAUUUUCGGAAGGGACCGGCAUAAUCGAGAGCCAAUACUCCACCAACCAUUCCAUGCGUAGCACGCAGUUGUUACUAACGUCGUAAUUUGGGGCAGGAGCCUUAAUGUACCCCUUCCCAAAACUAUGUUCGGUAGUGCGGUCGCUGAUGGCCUGGACCCAUGGCCCUACGUCAUCGACCUGCCCUUCCAGGUAUUCCGACCUAACGCCAUCCGACCUAACCUGGCGUCCCGGAAGGACGUUCACAAAGAGUUUGCGAUGUUUUGUAAAGUACGCUAGCGAGACAAACUUCACCAAUUCCCCUCUGGCCAGGUCUACACCAGA